UCCGCUGACGCGUCUGUUUCUUCCAGGAACUGGCGAAAUAUGAGGACAUGGAGGACCAAGUGGUGCUAACCGAGAAAGAGCUGCUUGAGGAUGGUUUUGGCGAGCACCCUUUCUACCACUGUCUGGUUGCAGAAGUGCCCAAAGAACAGUGGUCAUCUGAAGAACACUGCAUUGUGGGCUUUGCCAUGUAUUACUUCACUUACGAUCCAUGGAUUGGAAAACUACUGUAUCUUGAAGAUUUCUAUGUGAUGGCUGAGUACAGAGGACUUGGCAUUGGGUCAGAAAUUCUGAAGAACUUGAGUCAGGUUGCUGUGAAGUGCCGCUGUAGCAGUAUGCACUUCCUUGUUGCGGAGUGGAACGAACCAUCCAUCAGGUUCUACAAGAGAAGGGGUGCCUCUGAUCUGUCCACUGAGGAGGGGUGGAGGCUCUUCAAGAUUGACAAAGAAUAUCUCUUGAAGAUGGCAACGGAAGAGUGAAGAGAUCAUUCCAGCAAAUAAAAUCUGUCUACAGAUACAUAUGCGCUCUGAAUAAACUCCUUCUUGCUUUCUGUGUACAGUUUGUAGUGGAAUAAAGUAGUGUGGAUGCUAAUACUGAAAGUGCUAUCUAUGCAGGUGUGGUCAUAGAGUAAUUGGUACUGUGAUCGGCAGUUGAGGCAUCUUUGAAGCUAUGUAUGUGCUUGUGUGCAUCCUUUACCAGUGUGGGCUUGUAGUCUUUGUAUAUGGAAACUUCAUUCUUGUAAGUGUCAUUCAAAUGUGUACAAUGUACACACUGGUAGGGUUUGUUUUAAUUAUUGCCUUUUAUAAAAAUAAAUAGUGGUUUCACUUCA